AGGCAACCACAGAAGAAGAAGAAGUCACGUGACAGGUUUAGCCGGUUGAACUUCCUGUUGUCAACUCAGUUAAUAAGUGUUUACUUUCUGCUCUAACUUAUCAUUUAACUGGACCUGCAACACGUCAGGAGUGGACUUUAUAUGCAGGGCACAUAUUGUCGUCGGCUAAACGCACCUAAAGAGUCAAACUGAUCCGGAACCAAACAAACAGGUCACCUAAGGCAACCUGUCAGCUAAUGCUAGCUACUAGUAGCUGCAGUAGCUGGUUACCACAGUGAGCCGCUGAGCUGUGACCUGGAUGUCUCUUUAGAUUUAGCUUCAUUAGGUCCUUUAAGUUCAGUCGGUGUGCUUCACGUGGAUAAUACAGUAGGUGUUCAGCUUGCUAUCUAGCACCAUGGCCAGUCUGCUUUCAAUGCAGUGUGUCUCCUCUCUGAGGAAAUCCGGAAGCCUGAUUCAUCUGAGAUCUGCUGCUCUGAGCGUCGAUAAGAGAAGCUACAGCAGCAAACAAGCCUCUUCAAACGAGUAUCUGCACCAAAGUGUGGUGCCAUCCAUGCACUACCAGAAGAGCUUACCCAGGCUGCCCAUACCAAAGCUGGAGGAUACUGUCAGGAGGUAUUUAGCUGCCCAGAAGCCUCUGUUGGAUGAUGACCAGUUCAGAACCACAGAGAAACUUGCACAGGAUUUCCAGAAUGGUGUGGGGAAACAGCUGCACGAGGAACUGGUAGCCCAGGACAAAAACAAUAAGCACACAAGCUACAUCUCAGGACCAUGGUUUGACAUGUAUCUUUCUGCUCGUGACUCUGUGGUGCUGAACUUCAACCCCUUCAUGUCCCUCAACCCUGACCCCAAGACGGAGUACAACGACCAGCUCGUGCGGGCGACCAAUGUGGUGUGUUCGGCGGUGCGCUUCAUGAAAACACUGCGAGCCGGAUUACUGGAGCCGGAGGUUUUCCACCUCAACCCGGCGAAGAGCGACACAGACGGCUUUAAGAAGUUCAUCCGCUGGGUCCCGUCCUCGCUGUCCUGGUACGGAGCUUACAUGGUGAAUGCUUACCCCCUGGACAUGUCUCAGUACUUUCGCCUCUUCAACUCAACUCGGAUCCCCAAGAGUGGGAGAGACGAGCUCUUCACCGAUGACAAAGGGCGACAUCUCCUAGUUAUGAGGAAAGGCAACAUGUACGCGUUUGACAUUAUAGACCGGGAUGGGAAUUUGGUGGAACCGGCAGAGAUUCAGUCCCACUUGAGUUACAUUUUGUCCGACCAGACGCCAGAGCCGGCCUUUCCUCUCGGGGUCCUGACCAGUGAGAACAGGGAUGUGUGGGCCGGGCUCAGGGACAAGCUGAUUGCAGCUGGAAACGCAGAGGAUUUACGGAUUGCUGACAGCGCCCUUUUCUGCCUCAGCCUGGACGACGAAACCAUGAGGGACCACAUUCACAUCUCCCACAACAUGCUGCACGGCGACGGCUGCAACCGCUGGUACGACAAGUCCUUCAGCAUCAUUCUGGCCAAAGACGGAAACGCGGCCAUCAAUUUUGAGCACUCCUGGGGCGACGGCGUCGCUGUGCUUCGCUUUAUGAAUGAGAUCUUCAAAGACACAACGGAGAAGCCGACUGUACACCCGGGCUCUGCCGCCGCCGUUGCUGCGGAUUCAGCCUCCGCUGUGCGUCGACUGCAGUUCAACCUGGACGGCGAGCUGGAGAACGGCAUCAAAAAAGCAAAGGAGAACUUUGACUCGGCCGUGUCGAAGCUCACCAUCGAUGCCAUGGAGUUCAAGAAAGGUGGCAAGGAGCAGUUAAAGAAGAGCAAGUUGAGUCCAGAUGCUAUAGCCCAGCUGGCUUUUCAAAUGGGUUUCCUGAGGCAGUAUGGACAGACAGUAGCCACGUAUGAGUCCUGUAGCACCGCGGCAUUCAGGCACGGACGCACGGAGACCAUCCGGCCGGCUACCGUGCACACAGACCGAUGUUCACGCGCCUUUGUUUGCCAGCCGGGCCAACACAGUGUGGAGCAACUACAAGCCAUGCUGAGCGAAUGCUCCAAAUAUCACGGGCAGCUCACCAGGGAAGCAGCGAUGGGCCAAGGUUUCGACCGUCACCUGUUCGCCAUGCGAUACCUGGCCAACUCAAACGGCCAGGCUCUGCACAGCCUGUACACGGACCCAGCUUACGCCGCCAUCAACCACAACAUCCUCUCCACCAGCACCCUCAGCAGCCCAGCCGUGCACCUCGGCGGCUUCGCCCCGGUGGUGCCCGACGGGUUCGGCGUCGGCUACGGCGUCCACGACGACUGGAUCGGCUGCAACGUGUCCAGCUACCCGGCUCGCAACGUCCACGAAUUCCUGCAGUGCGUCGAAAAGUCCUUAGAGGACAUUUUCGCCGUCCUGGAAGGGAAGGCACUCAGCUAAGAAACAAGCGUUAGCCGUCACCACAGAGAAAAUAAUGUUUGAUUUUUAAGGAACAGUGAUGGUGAGCGUGGUCAUCAUUCUCAGCUUCCCAAGUUAUUGAUUAACUUCUCUGGGCAACCAUGCAGAAAGUGAGAUGAAUAAUAUAUUUUACACACUACAGAAGAAACACACACAGCGCUCAUCAAUAUAAAUAUAUAUAUAUAUUUUCGCAGUCAGAUGGGUGGGACUUUAAAUGCAUUCUUUGAAGGGGUCUGGAUAUUACCGUAGGUAUAAAACAGGAUCUUGUCAGUUUAUCAAAUUUGAGGUGAUUAAUUGAAACCAAAGUUUCUAGUGUCAGCCCUCGACUGCGGAUACAAGUCAUAACAUUUAUUGUAUAAUGAAAACCACAUUGAACAUAAAAUCCUGGAAAAACUUGUUUGAACUGAUUUAAUCCACUGGCUUUCCAAUGCAUCUGUGUAUUCAGCAGUCUACUGUAGCCUAACAUUAAAUGUUGAAUGUGUUUUUUUUGUUUUAAGGUAAGAUAAUACAGUGACAGGUGACAAGAUUCACAGUGCUGGUCAUAUUAUUCAUGCAGCAGCUGUUUUUCAGAUGUACAACUUCUCUGCAAUACAGAUUACAAUAUGGAGUCAGCUUCUGUGCCUUAUGAAAAUGUGAAUUUAACAGCACAAUUGCAGAUUGUCACUUCUAUUUAAAUUAUCAUCAGUUUGUCAUUUACAGCCUUAGUGGUGUGUUUGAAUGUAUUUUGAAAUAAAAUUUGAAUUUGCUCCACGAUUUCA